GGACGCGCGCGCCCCCCGCCACCCGGACAUGCCGCCGAGCGCUCCGCUCCGGGCGUCCUCUCGGAGGGGCGGUCGGGACCAGGCGCGAGCAAAAAGCCGCGCGCCAGUGAUGCAUCUUUGGCGCCGUUUGUGCGCGUGCAGCCCAUGUUUGUAGGGAGGCCGUCGCGCGGAAAGGGCGCCAUUCUGACUCAUUCCCGCUCCGUCCCGUGUGGGCGGGCGUUCCGUGAUGCGGAAGGGGAUGGGGUGAUGGUGCCAGGGGGAGGCAAAGGCGCAUCGAAGGCGGACCGCCGUUACUACUUCAGCUAG